AGAGAUAGGUGGAACGUGGAUAAGAGUUGGCAAAGUGGAAAUCCGAUUGUUGUGUCGAACGAUACAUGAAGUUUUGAUGAGACUUUAUUCACGAUAAAUGUCGAACGUGAAUUAUAAUUGUAAACGCAAAAACGUUCUUAAACGAGCUUUCCGCUGUGCGAGACUCUUGGCAACGAACGAAAUAACGGGCGUUCAGAAGUUACGUCGCAGGCGAUCAUAACCUGCGAAUGUAAACUAACCCCUCAACAUUUGGCUACUCAUUGUAAACUUUGUACACGAGGGAAUUUUCUUCAGUGUGAAACGUCGCUGCAUCUGAAAAACAAUCUUGUCCUUGGUAAGGAAAGUCACAUACAUUUGAAACUCAUGUCGAAACGCAAGUUUGACGACAUGGCAGAUAUGCCUGAUAAUCAACCGCUUAAAAACUCGCUGGACUCGGAUGAAGAUGACGACGAAGUGAAUGAGGCCAACUAUAAUGUCAUGAAUGAGGAUGAAUUCGAAGGUACGGAAGAUGGACCCUCAGCACCGGAAGCGAACGUGGGAUUUACGGCAUUUAAUAUGAAAGAGGAGUUGGAGGAGGGCCAUUUUGAUAAAGAUGGCCAUUACCUGUGGAAAAAGGAGAAGCAAAUAAGGGAUAAUUGGUUGGACAAUAUCGAUUGGGUUCAGAUCAAACCUAGUUCCGCCACUGAUGUGCAAAAGAGUACAAAGUCGGGUGAAAAUCAUGGAUUGGGAGACAGCGGUAGCAGUGACGACGAGGGAGACAUAAUGUUUGAUCCUAUUCCGUUGUAUAGACAAAUUUUAGAAUAUCUCAAACCCGGUGAAACUGUUUCAAGGACAUUGUGCAGACUGGGUAAAGGGAAAAAGAAAUUGACCACAGCCGAAAGGUGGAAGAAGAAAAAGGAGUCUAAAACACGCGAAGAAGAGGAAGAUCCAAAUUCUGUUAACAUAACGAAGUUAACCGAGCUGGCAAAUGAAUUAUUGACACGCACUGGCAAUAUGGACAUAUAUCAAGAAAGUUAUGAACAAAUAAAGAAGAAGAUUGAACAAGCGGAUAAACGUGCACACCCUUCGAAACAAGAAGCAGAACUAGAUAUGUACGCUGACGAUUUUGAUGAAAAGGAGAAGGCGAAACUGGACGACACCGAUGAUGGAAAUUUAGCGGAGCCAAGCAAUGCAGAAGAAAGUACGCCGGAGGAAAACGUAACGUGGGAUUUGAAAUGGUCGCAAAAUGACAAUGCGGAGAUACACGGUCCUCACACUAGUCAGCAAAUGCAUGCCUGGGCAAAAGAAGGUUAUUUCAAAAAAGGUGCCUGGGUAAGAAGAACCGGGCAGCAGAAUCAAUUUUACAAUGCCUCUAGAGUAGACUUUGAACUUUAUCUGUGACAUUUCUAUUCGAUAAAAACAUGUGAAUAAAUAGAUAUAAAAAUAAAUAUUUUGUCAAAUCACGAGAGUUAGAUGUAUUAUAACAUUAGCGUAUAUGUAAAAUUUUUACACAAGAAAAUAAUAGAUUGCGAAAAAUCUAUAUGAAUUUAAGAUAGAGAUCAUGAUGUAAGAACACGAUAUAUUGAUAAGUGGCUCAAAUUAUACAUUUCAACCAUUUUGAUGUAAUAAAAGUACAAUCUUUCUUUAAUU